ACCUCCCCCUGCCUCCGGCCAUGGGGGAGCCCCUGGGCUGCUGCGAGCGCGUCGCCAUCAACGUGGCCGGGCGCCGGUUCGAGACCCUGGGCCGGACGCUGCUGCGCUUCCCCGACACCCUCCUGGGGGACCCCCGCCGGCGCUGCCGCUACUUCGACCCCCAGCGCCGCGAGUACUUCUUCGACCGGCACGUGGGGGCCUUCGGCGCCGUGCUCUACUAUUACCAAUCGGGGGGGCGGCUGCGGCGGCCCCCGGACGUGCCCCUGGACGUGUUCAUGGAGGAGCUGCGCUUCUACCAGCUGGGCGAGGAGGCCGAGGGGCGCCUGCGCGAGGCCGAGGGCUUCCCGGUGGAGGCGGCCGAGGCGCUGCCGAGGGGGCGGCUCCAGCGCCGCGCUUGGCUCCUGUGCGAGCACCCCGAGAGCUCGGUGGGCGCCCGCGCCGUGGCGCUGCUCUCGGUGCUCAUCAUCCUCGUGUCCAUCGUGGUCUUCUGCCUCGAGACCCUGCCGCAGUUCCGGCCCGGAGCCGAGGGGGCGCUGCAGGUGAGACGGGGGGGGGGGGGUCCCCACUCCACCCCCUUCCCCAACACCACCUCCUCCCCAUCGCCGUCCCCUCCGUCCCGCAGCAGCCUCUCCGACCCCUUCUUCGUGGUGGAGACCAUCUGCAUCUGCUGGUUCAGCCUGGAGCUGCUGGUGCGCCUGGUGGCCAGCCCCAGCAAGGCGGCCUUCUUCCGCAACGCCAUGAACCUCAUCGACCUGGUGGCCAUCGCUCCCUACUUCGUGGCGCUGGGCACGGAGCUGGCGCGCCGCGGCGGGCUGGGCCAGCCGGCCAUGUCCUUGGCCAUCCUGCGGGUGAUCCGCCUGGUGCGGGUCUUCCGGGUCUUCAAGCUGUCGCGGCACUCGACGGGGCUGCAGAUCCUGGGCCAGACGCUGCGCGCCAGCAUGCGCGAGCUGGGGCUCCUCAUCUUCUUCCUCCUCAUCGGCGUCGUCCUCUUCUCCAGCGCCGUUUACUUCGCCGAGGCCGAGGACGCCGCCACCGCCUUCACGUCCAUCCCGCAGGCCUUCUGGUGGGCCGUGGUCACCAUGACCACCGUGGGCUACGGGGACAUGGCGCCGGUGACGGUGGGCGGGAAGCUGGUGGGGUCCCUGUGCGCCAUCGCCGGCGUCCUCACCAUCUCCCUGCCUGUGCCCGUCAUCGUCUCCAACUUCAGCUACUUCUACCGGCGGGAGCUGCGCGCCGAGGAGAGCGGGGACUUCCAGGCCGCGCCGCCCUGCCCCCACCACCCGCCCCCCCCCGACAGCCCCGGCAUGGGCGGGGGGAAGGGGGGCAACGGGGUGGGGGUGGGGGUCGGGGGGGAUAUGGACGGGGAGGCCCUGGGGGGAGGCACGAAGGGGUGGGGGGGGGGGAGGUUGGUGACGGAGGUGUGA